UUUAAGAUUAGCUUGGUGCUGACGUUGCUCUUCUCUAGCUUGUAAUUGUUCCUGACUAACAUAUUAUGGCAAUGCAAUUGAUAAAGAUUGAGUAUGUCAUUGAUCAUUGAUGUGACUAAUUACCGAGAUCUACAUCUAUUUAUAAAACAGUAAACAAUGAAUAUCUCUAUUUUCUUUUUCUUUUCACGCAAAAGAUGAAGUUAACAGAACACCUUCUUUCUCUCAACAAGGAUUCUUUUGAAAAAGCAACGCAGCAUGCAUUCCUCAAGCAAGUGGGUACACUUCAAGUUGCACCAGACCAUCUCAAGUCAUGGCUUAUCCAAGACAGAUAUUAUACAGGAGGCUACAUAAAAAUGAUGGGUCUCAUGAUCUCGCGUCUUCCAUUAUACGAAGAUCAACGUGAACUCGGUGAUAAUAACCCUUCUUACACCCCCGAAAAGGCACAAAACAUUAUCAAGACUUUAUCUUUUGCUCUAUCUAAUGUGUACCGAGAAAGUCAGUUCUUUACUGAUAUUUUGAGUAGAGAACCCUAUGUUGAAUGCCAACAAUCUCUGAGUCAAAAAGCAUGGACUGGUAAAUAUGUUGAUUAUGUUCGCAAGGUAGCACAAGAAAGCGGAUAUGAUUUAGGUGAAGCUUUGGUUGUGCUUUGGGCCAUGGAAAUCAUCUUUUUCCGUGCCUGGAAUUUUGCAAAAUCCACCAAUGCCAAAUUGGAAGCCAACAAGAAUGGUAAAGAUUCUAACGAUGUUCAUAUUCAAACAUGUCAUGAACUGAUGACAAACUGGACAAUGGAUGAAUUUGCAGAAUUUGUUGCUGAUUGUGAGACACUUGUUAAUCAACUCGAUACAAAUGAUCCACGCCGUCUUGCAAGCUUUGAGCGUGUCUAUCUUGACAUUUUAGCACUUGAGGUUGAAUUCUGGGACAUGGCAUACAGUUAAUGGUCCCCUUAUUCUGUACAAUAUUGUUUAUCAAAAAAAAAAGAAAGAUUAAAGAACAUAGUACAAAACAUCCUCCUUUUUUAAGAUAUAACACAUAUCUAGUUUGAGUUUGUUAUGCUGCUGCAGAUAAUAAUUCAAUAUGAUCAUCGCAAGUAA